AUGGAAACUCAAGUCAAUUACAACUUUUAUCCUAACAAGGAAGUAACUAUUAUAAGUGCACCAUUCAGUGCUGGUCAACGAAAUGGUGGAGUUGAAAAAGGCCCCAAAUAUCUCUUGAAACACGGUCUCAAGGAAGAUCUGGAAGCCUUGGGAUGGAAAGUCUCAUUGGAGGAACCCUUGAAAGAUAGCGGUCUAGAUCUUCCUCCAUCGGAAAUAUCCCAGGAGAUUUUCGAAGCAGGCAACUCUAGAAUGAGAAACCCUACUAUCGUGGGUCAAGCCACCGAGAAGAUAUUUGAAACAGUGAAAUCAGUAGCUCAUAAAAAAGUCUUUCCACUGACAAUUGGAGGCGAUCAUGCAAUUGGAAUGUCUACUCUUGCUGGAUUUUUAGACGCAUAUCCCGAUGCCUGUGUCUUAUGGAUCGAUGCGCAUGCUGAUAUCAACACCCCAGACACGUCACCCUCGGGAAAUCUGCAUGGAUUUCCCGUAUCUUUUGCUAUGGGGCUUAAGAGGGACUUAUGGCACAAGCAGUUCGAUUGGUUGGACAACGCAAGGACGAAGUUGCUGGCCAACAGAAUUGCCUACAUUGGUCUGAGGGAUGUUGAUGCUGGUGAAAAGGUGAUCUUGCGUGAGCUUGGAAUUGCAGCUUACUCGAUGUACCACGUUGACAAGUACGGAAUUGCCAAAGUAGUCGAAAUGGCACUGUCAAAAAUCAAUCCUUCUGGGAAGUCGCCAGUUCACAUUUCUUACGACGUUGAUGCGCUGGAUCCUUUGUUCACCCCAGCCACCGGUACCCCUGUAAGGGGAGGAUUAACUUUCCGCGAGGGAAUGUAUAUAGUGGAAGCUGUGGCAGAGACGGGAAACCUGGCGGCUCUGGACAUAGUGGAAUGCAACCCAGACCUGGCCAUCUCAAAUGUUCAUGAGUUUGAUACCAUUGCUGCAGGCUGUGCUAUAGCCAAAAGUGCUUUAGGGGAGACCUUAGUAUAG